GCUCAGCACCAACCCCUGGCACAGCCCAAACCAGUGCCUGGUGCAGGAUGCGGCCAUCCUAGAGUCCCAUACAGAGCCCUGGGACACGCGUGCUGCUCAGCACCAACCCUCUGCGCAGCCUUUUGGUGCCUGGUGCAGGAUGCGGCCAUCCCAGAGUACCCAGGGAUGUGGGUGCUGCUCAGCACCAACCCCUGGCACAGCCCAAACCGGUGCAGGUGCAGGAUGCGGCUGUGUCAGGGUACCCAGGCUGCCUGUUCGGAGCCCCGGGAUGUGGGUGCUGCUCAGCACCAGUCCCUCACAAAGCCCAAACCCAUACAGGGGCAGGAUGCGACCCUCAAUGGCCACCGAGCAGGACGGAGCCUGGGGAGGGCAGGGGCCGCAUCCUGCCCACGCGGGGCCCCGUGCUGCGCUGCGGGGCGGUGCGUUGCUGUUAAUGUUUAACCGCCGGUGCCUGCCGCGGGCAGCGGUGCCCGUCAGCCGUGGGCAGCGGCGGCCGAGGGACGUGCGGCUGCGUCCCACCAUGAGACGGGCAGUGGGGCUCAGCCCGGAGGUGGGGAAGCGAAGCAGCCGCCGGACGCACCCGAGGGACCCCCACCACCCCAAAGCUGCUGGGAGCCCACGGCUCCCUGCCCCUCCGGGCGUGGAGGCGCGAGGCGGCCUGGAAGCACCAGGAGGUCCCUGGAAGCCCCAUCACCGGGACCAUCACCAGGUGGUCCCCCCCGUGCCCCCCGGUACAGCACAGGGGCCGCACAGCCUCACGCCCCUCCCGAAGGCUCCACCGGCGCGAGCCCGGCGCGUCGUCUUUGAGGACGAGGUGAUGCCACCAGGGAGACCCCCAUGGAGGAUCCCCCCAACCAAGGAUGGGAAGAAGCUGGGGUUCAGGUCCAUUCCCCCUAGGUUGGGUCCCCGGCCACGCGCUGUCCCGGACUAUGUGGUGAAGUACCCAGAGAUCCAGAGCCCCCGGCAGCGCGAGGGCUACAAGGGUGUCUUCCAGGACCAGCUGGCGGAGUACACGGAGCUGCUCGGGGAGGUCCGCGCUGCAUGGUGGAGGCGUGGGGAGCUGGAGGUGGCCGCGCGCAGGACGGUGGGUCCCUUGGGUUGGACUUGCUUAGACAUUAGGAAGGAAUUCUUCAUGCUAAGGAGCCCCUGGCCCAGAGUGCCCAGAGCAGCGGUGCUGCCCCAUCCCUGGAGGGGUUCCAGGCCAGGUUGGAUGGGGCUCGGAGCCCCUGAUCCAGUGGGAGGUGUCCCUGCCCAUGGCAGGGGGUGGGACUGGAUGGGCUUUGAGGUCCCUUCCAACCCAAACCAUUCCAACCUUAUAACCAUUUCAACUUCCAACCCAAACCAUCUUGGAAGUCUUUUCCAACCUUAAUGACUCCACUUUCGGUGGUCGCCCUGUGCGUUGGGUGUGAUGACUUGGCCGGUCUCUGCAGGGACUGAGGGUGAGCCUGGGGGGGCUGCACUGGGUAGAGGUGACCGGGAGGACAUGUGGACACCGGGGUUCCCGCACCGCGAGCCGUGCUCCAAGGCAUCCAGCAGCUGCUGGAAGAUUAAUGAGCAGCAGCAUUUCUGGGCUACACCCGCGGCCAAGUUUUCACGGCGUGGCACUGCGGGGAGGCCGCCUGCCCCGGAGCCCCCCCGGCCUGUGAGGUGCCUCGUUAGGGCUGUGCUGGGCCGGGCUGAGCCCCAGGGAGUCCUCGUGGCCUUCAGGGCGGCCACUGGUGGGAGGACGCGAGGAAGAAGAGGGUGAGGGCUCAGCACGUGCAACCUGUGCUGGGGAGCGGGGAGGUGCCCGUGCCGCCCCCCCAGUGCUUUGCACCCAGCGCGGGGGUCCCUCCU